GUUCACAGAUGCUGCAAGAUUCAUAACUGAGGGGCAGUCCCCAUACAACAGAUCAACCUACCGCUACACCCCUCUCCUUGCCUGGCUGCUCACCCCUAACAUCUAUCUCAGCAACGUGUUUGGCAAGAUCCUCUUCAUUGUUUGUGAUGUGCUGUCAGGUCUGCUCAUCUACAGAAUCCUCCGCCUGAGAGGUCUGGGCCCUGAGACUGCAUGUCGUGUUUGUUCUCUGUGGCUCCUGAACCCACUGCCCAUGGGAGUAUCCAGCCGAGGGAAUGCUGAGUCAAUCUUGGCAGCCCUGGUGCUGGGAACGUUACUCUGUAUGGAAGCCCAGUGUCUGAUGUGGGCAGCCAUACUGUAUGGUCUGUCUGUCCAUAUGAAGAUCUACCCCAUUACAUAUGCUCUGCCCAUCGUUCUGACCCUGCGCACACUAGAGACCGGAUCAGAAGAGGACAAAAAGGGGUGGAGGAGGCUCAUUGGGUUUAUGGGAAGUUUCCUCAACCGAAGGUUGUUCCUUUUUGCAGGUGUUGCCGGAGGAGUCUUCUGUAUGCUCACAGCACUCUUCUAUUACAUGUAUGGUUGGGAGUUUCUUCAUGAAACCUACUUGUACCAUCUGACCAGAAGGGACAUCAGACACAACUUCUCUCCAUACUUCUAUAUGCUCUACCUCACAGCAGACAGCAGGUGGAGCCAGUGGCUUGGCCUAGCAGCAUUCCUGCCACAGCUCAUCCUGCUGUUGGUAGCAUCAUGGGCCUUUCACUCUGACCUGGCCUUCUGCUGUUUCCUGCACACCGCCAUCUUUGUCUCUUUCAACAAAGUCUGCACUUCACAGUACUUCCUGUGGUACCUAUGUCUUCUUCCUCUGGUCAUCCCUCACCUGAGUCUGUCACUAAAACAGGGAGUGGGACUGCUGCUCCUCUGGUUUGCUGGACAGGGCAUCUGGUUGGGCCCAGCCUACUUCCUGGAGUUUGAAGGCUACAACACCUUCUUGUUGAUCUGGCUUGCGGGAUUGCUUUUCUUGAUCAUCAACUCGUCCAUCUUGAUUCAGAUCGUAUCCCAUUACAAACCAGCACAAACUCCAAAGAGACUGAAGGUGGAAUAACAUUCAGUCAUUGUAGAGAUAGACGGAAGAAGAUAAUGGACUAUGAAUGUAUGUUGAAGAAUAAAUUGUUUUUGUUAAAUAUCA